GUCAUCCACGGUCCCAAUCUUAAUAUCUUAAGGCGAAUUAAUAACAGCAGAGUUGCUGGCAUCUAAUCUGUACUCGGCCUGCUAAGAUGGCGCUAAUAUAGCUUUGAGCCCGUUUUUGAGCAUCGCGGAUGUGAGGCUGAGAGCAGAGGAUAACUGGACCUUGGAAGAAACAGAAGGCGAGUAGAAAAGGAGAGGAGCGGGAGAUCACAGCAAUGAAGCUUAACAUAUUUAUCCCAUACCUGGCGGUUGCUGUCGCGAUUGCAUUACAAGGGAUAACGCUCAUUUACGUCCCCCCGAACUCCUACAAACGGAUAUGCAUGCUUCCGGUGAUUCUGCUCCCGGUUGCGAUCGUCUGCCUGACAGCUCAUCAUGCUAGCUAUGUCCAGCCAUGGAAUAUCUUCAUCGGAUUGGAGUUUGGAACUCUGCUUGCGCUUGAGGUGUUGGACAACGUAUGCCUGUCUAAGAUCUCAUAUCCUACAGGAGAGGCGGGCGAUAGAAAAAAGCACGACGGUGACAAAGACACAGCCGAUACACACGCUGCCUCUACAAGGAACUGUUUUUACGAUAAAGUCCGCUGGUCGCUUGACAUAGCCAUUAACAAAAGACGGAUUAAUCGCGCCGACCAGACCCGAAAUGUGCCCUCUUUCGAUUCUGGCAGGCUGCAUCACAUUCCAUCGCGUCGCAGCUUUCUCCUCUUCCGCACCGCACGCUUCAUUCUGCUAUACCUGGUUUUCGAUCUGAUUACCAGCCAACCACUUGAGGAUGCGCAGGCGAAAUUUGGUCCAGGCAAGGACCGAAUUUUCGCCCGGAUAAUGGCGAAUGACAUAUCGCCCGCUGAAAUCGGGGAGACGGUCGGCAUUCUUGUGGGCCAUUGUAUAUGUGCCUAUAUCUCGCUGCUUAUUGGAUAUGACUUUUUCUCGUUGGUUGCUGUAGGGCUGUGCGGGGCCAAGGUUUCAGAUUGGAAGCCGUUGUUUGGAGAUUUUCGACAGGUUUAUUCCAUCAGGACAUUUUGGAGGCGAUUCUGGCACCAGCUCCUUCUCCGGCCCCUCGAAUCAGGCGCCUCCUUUAUCACCCAUUCAGUCCUUGGUCUCCCAGGCCUCCCUACCCGAAACACCAGCCGCAUCACCAGUACCGACGAGAGUAAUGGUAAAGCCUCUACCGCCAAAACACACCUCCGAUUGCAAGACAGACUCCUGCUCCUCGUAACCGCCUAUACCAAACUCACCCUCAUCUUCCUGAUAUCGGGCCUCGUCCACAUAGACUGCGACCGCAUCCUGGGCAUCCGGCUCCGCGACUCCCGCUGCAUAUCCCUGUUCCUAUCUCAGGCCUGGGGCAUCAUGUUUGAGGACGCGGUCCGGUGGAUAUACCGCAGUGUCACCGGGAGCAAGGGAGAUGGGCCUGUGAAGAUGUGGCACCGCCUUGUUGGGUAUGUGUGGCUCGUUACUUUCGCGCUGUGGGCGGGGCCCGGGUGGGCUUUUUCGGUUGUGAGGCUGGAAGUGCCCGCGGUUGUGGUGCCGGUCAUAAUCUUUCCUAGAGGUUGAGAGGCGUGUUUUUUUUGGUUUAUUUAUUCUCCACGAAGACGUUGGAUUGGGGUUACGGUAUUGGAUCAAUGGGGGAUAUAUCUAUAGCAAUUUGGAUAAACAUUUGGAAUAAAAUAUUUUUGGAUAAUAGAGGGAGCAUGUUAGAUACGGAUCUAUUUGGAUAUAACACAUAUAUAUAUGCAUAUAUAAACCUAGUCUCUUUAUUUCAAUAUUCUG